GACAGACACAGCAACAAAACAGUGAUAGACUGGGCUCACCAACUAUCAUUUUACAUUUACUUUUGAGAAUUAUAAUAACCUAACAACAAAAUGUGCAAGGGACUUGCUGCAUUGCCUGCAACAUGCUUGAGAAGGAUCAGUGCUGAAGAAGUCCAGAGAUGGGGUGAAUCCUUAGAAAACCUGAUAAAAAAUGAGGAUGGCCUGACAGCUUUUAUCACUUUCCUGAUGUCUGAAUUCAGUGAGGAGAAUAUAGAGUUCUGGGUGGCCUGUGAGGACUAUAAGAAAAUUAAUUUGCCAGCCAAACUGACCCCCAUGGCAAAGAAUAUUUAUGAACAAUAUGUUGCAGUUCAGUCUUGAAAAGAAGUCAACCUUGAUUCUUCAACGAGAGAGGAGACCAGCAGAAACCUUUUCGAACCCACAACUGCGUGCUUUGAUGAGACUCAAAGGAGGAUCUUUCUGUUGAUGGAAAAGGAUUCAUACCGAAGGUUCUUAAAAUCUAAGAUCUACCAGGACAUUGGUACAGCAGACUACCAGCAGCAGUUUUGGGAUCCAGAAGAGAGGAAAGAAUAAGGUCACUGAAUUCGACCAGCAAUUUCCCCAGUGUGCAUAAAUCCUUUCUCUAAAAGAGCUUCAGUGUACAUUGCGUUGCUACACAGCCAAACACAGUCAUCACCCAGCCACUUCACAAAUGUAAAAUGUUGUGCAUAUACCAGCCGGUGUACUGAUAAAACUCAUUUGUCAAAGCUUACUUUUUUUAUUUUAUUUAUUAUUUUAGAUAAUGUCUUGUAUUGCUGUCGAGAGGCUUAUUACCUGCUGUGAUGUACUGUGUAUGUCAUCUAUGUAUAACUCUGAAGACAAGUACUUUAAUGCAACCUGUUUCUGUCAUGUACAGUAUAUAUGUUAUACGGAACUUGUGUAUCAAAUUACCUGUUUGUGCUGCACUCAUAUUUGUCUGAGCAUGUAUACAAUAUUAAAUGAUCUAGUAUUUAUCCUGUUUGCUGUACAGUGGUUAACAUGUGCUAUAAGAAUUUGUAUGUGUUAUUUAUCACUAACUUUUAUCUUAUCAUAUUGGAUUCUGUUUUUAUUGCUUAUGUAUUUUUAUAUUUUGAUAAAGUUUUAUGUUGAAGUAAAUUAGUGUUAUUUAUGCCUUUUUAAAAGUGCUUUUAAAAAUAAGCAUUUGCCAUUACAAAUUAUGGACCUUUCAAAAAUCCCCUAGGGUAUAGUUUUAACAUGCACAUAUAAGUUAAAGCUAUAUUAGGUUGAACAAUAUUACUUGUAAAAUCUGAAUCUGAGAAUUUCAUAAAUGGGUUAACUCCAACCUGGUUGAGACAUUCAAUUGAAUUAGCUUAAGCUGAGCCCUUGAGAGGUGACAGAGUCUACAGCUGAAAACUGCCAUUGUACGAUUUUGUGCAAAAUGGGAAGCAUAACUGCAGUCAUUACCUGAAUUACCAUUACCUGUUUGUUAUCCUGAUAGAGAUUUGAUGCUACUUUACUCUACUGUGUUUAAUAAGCCCUCUAUGAUGAAUUGUAAGUGCUAUUGUGCUUAAAUGUUAGUCCAUGAAUGAACCUUUCCAAAUGUUCAAAUUGCUAGAGCUUGACUUAUUCUGACUGUACAUAGGGCUUAACUGAAUUGCAAUCUGGCAUGAAAUAAAACUAUGUGUUUCUAACAGUCUCAGCUAAUACCUUUCUUU